AUGGCGACGACACAGACCAGAGGACAGCGGCACGAUAGAAUAGACAGCCAACUCGAAGGCGAUGGCCGCCAUCACCCACCACCGCCCAACUUCACCCCUCCGGUACGGGUCAUGGAAGCGGAUACGUCUAUCACGCAGAAGAUGCUGAGUGCAAUCACCGGCAGCCUUCUCACUUCUCUGCUUGUGACUCCUCUAGACGUCGUCCGAGUGCGGCUUCAAUCUCAACAGGGUCCGUACCCCUCCACCUCCCGCCUGCCUACCUUCCUACAACUCCCGCCCAACCUCGGCGUAACAGCAUGCUGUCGCGAGGUUUUCUGGGUGCAGAACCAAUCCCAAUUCUGCGUCGCGAACACCACAACUGCUCCAUCUGCUUCUGCCGUCAUGGACGAGGCCAUCAUCUCUGACUGCGCAGCAGAAGAGACACAACGCCGGACCUUCAAUUCGACGCUCGAUGGAAUAAGAAAGAUCGCGCGAAAUGAAGGAAUAUGGACGCUGUGGAGAGGACUGAGUCCCACUUUGAUGAUGGCAGUCCCGGGCAAUGUGAUCUACUUCGCUGGCUACGAUUGGCUUCGGACAAGCCAGAGAAGUCCAAUGAAGGGGAGGGUGAGCGAUGCAUACGCACCACUUGCUGCUGGCUCAGUCGCGCGCGUGGCAGCGGCUAUCGCUGUCAGCCCGAUCGAGAUGCUGCGGACCAGGAUGCAGGCGACUUCUACAAAGGAAAAGGGCGUGAUGCGCGCAACAGUGGUUGGCUUAAGGGAUAUGGUGUCGACCGACGGAUAUCGCUCGCUUUGGCGAGGUCUCACACUAACAUUCUGGCGAGACGUUCCUUUCUCUGCUUUCUAUUGGUGGGGAUAUGAAUAUGGUCGGCAGAGACUUGCGACUGCACGACGCAGAGCAGGAGCCAUAUCCGGCGAGCCUACAAAGGACCUCACGCACUCACAACUGCUCACGGACUCAUUUCUUUCUGGUGCGACCUCCGGCGCCAUCGCAGCCCUCGUGACAACACCUUUCGACGUUGGCAAAACGCGGCAGCAAACGGUGCUCUAUUCCGGAGCGAACGGAUCUCAUUCAUUGAAGGAUAUCCCGGAAAACCGAACAAUGCCGCGCUUCCUGUGGCAUAUCUACUGCACAGAGGGCAUGUCUGGACUCUUCAAGGGCUGGGCAGCGCGGUGUAUGAAAGUCGCGCCGGCUUGUGCGAUCAUGAUCUCAAGUUACGAGAUUGGCAAGAAAAUGGCGAGAAACGUGAACGAGAGGAAGGAGGGCAAGGCGGAAACAUGA